AGUCUCACUUGUCGCCAGCGCCAUCUGAAAUGUGAUAAAACUGGUACGGAAUGUCUGCGUUGUCAGCGAUCAGGGCGGAAGUGUAUUCCAGCACCAACAAAACCGGAGGAGGUCACUUUCCGACACGGUCAGAACCCAUCUCUGAGGCCAAAGGGUCCCCCUCGCUAUGGAGAGAGUGACUUGACUUUUCCUGACGACCAGGUUUGGGUCAAAACUCCCCCAGAAGUCGAUUUCGAAGACGAGACCGACCGCACGGCUGCUGAUUAUCAUGUUAUUCCGGUAGGGAUGCCAACAUCCUUCCUUGAGGCGGUGCCUGAGGGUCGAUCCUCGUCUGGUACAGCAUUCGCUUCGUCGGCGAUCGUCAACGCUGUGAACCCUUCUCCUUCCCCAAGUAUUCCACGCUGGUCGGGGAUUACAGGACAAUUUACUCCCAAUGUGACCGAUUCUCUUCUACCCCCAGACGCUCUGGUCAGCCGUCAGAAAUUGGCCAGUCUCAAUGAAGCCUUCCUUCUACGACAUUUCCGAAACUCCUUGGGUGCAUGGCUGGACGUGAGCGACCAUGAAACGCAUUUCUCGGUAGACGUGGUGGAACGGGCACCCUCCUGUCCACUCCUUCUCUAUGCGUGCUUGGCGAUUGCGGCUCGCCAUCUCUCCCACACCAAGAACUCAGUACCCCCGAAUGUCGCAGAUGAAUAUCACGAAAGGUGUAUCGCGAUCCUUCUUCCCGCGCUAGAGAACAGAAACUUCGGCAUCAGCAUCGAGGUUGUUCUUGCUUCAACGGUGAUAUUACGCUUCUUUGAGCAGAUUUCUUCUCACGCUCCCUCCACCGAUCAGCAGCGACACCUCCUAGCCGGUUCAGUUUAUUUCAGCUCUCAGGUCGACUGUGCAGUCUCCGGAGGUCUUGCAGAGGCAUCGUUUUGGGUCUUUUUGAUGCAGGAUAUUCAGUUUGCACUUUCGCACCAUAAUCCCCUACGGUUGACGCUCAGCCCCUUUGGACAAAGCCUUUGCCAAAUGUGGGAGAGCAAGAAUCCCCUAGCCGAACGAGAUUGGACGCAUAGGGCUACGUGGCUUCUAGCUGAGACAAUCAAUUAUUGCUAUGGCGCGAAUCACCAAAUACGUUUAGACACGGUUGAUGGUGUCGCAUUGAAAAGAAAAAUCCGAAUAUGGGAGUCGGAGAAGCCGGAAACUUUCCAGCCAUUACAUUUCUCGCAUGCCGACCCGCAUAAUCACAGGCCGUUUCCCGUCAUAUGGUAUACGACACCUUUACAUGCUACCGCGAUACAGCAUAUUUGUAUGGCAAAGACUCUACUACUGGAGCAUGAACUACACACGAUGCAUGCUGGCAACCCACCAGAGCAUAUCGUGAGGAGGAUCAAGGAUGAUAUUCUGACGAAUCUCGGCAUUAUCUUCGGUAUUGCCCUCUCAACCGACGAUGACCCAUCAGUACGCAUCAUGGCCUGCCACGCGCUCUGUGCCUGCGGUUCGUGGAUCCUCGAUCCUCUGGCACAGAAUUGCCUCCUUGCUCUCCUUCGCAAAACAGAGGCAGAAAACGGUUGGCCGUGGGCAUUCGAGGUGCAAAAACUGAGCCACGACUGGGGGUUCACCGCAACUUGA